AUGGGCACCAUGGACAAAGAUGGCUUCGAAAAGUUCCUGGACGCCUCGUGGCGUGCUUUCCGCAAGCAACUCCUGGAGGCCUACCCGGACCAAAGCAAUGCGUCUCCUCUGGACGUGCAGCUAAAGCUCGCCGAGCUUGAAAAGCACCUUCAAGAAGCAAGAGCUUCCAAGAAGGAGCACCUCUUUCCGGAGUCCCUGGCCGUCGGCCCCAUUUCGUCCACGGUCAGCAGCCGGGUUUCCGGGCCGCGCGGCGUGCCGUCCGCAGCAGCCCCUGCUUCGGACUCUACUGCGCCUGCUGGGUCACCGCAGACGCUGACAAUUGAGACCGAGUCCCCGAUGUCCCCGCUGCACGUCGAGGAUACGCCACCACAGUCCCCGAAGUUCACGGUACCAUUCCUUGGUGCUGGGCUUCUUGGGCUCAGCGACGAAGAGGCGCAAGCCAUUCGCCAUCGCCUGCGGGUGCGCCUGGGCGUCAUCUCUGCGAGGCAGCUGGUGUCGGGAAGGUCGCUUCACGACUCAGUCGUGGCUUUGGGUCUUACACGUUACAGCGUGGAGGAGAUGGAUGAGCUGGUGAACUUACUCGCCGACUUCAUCGGACUUCAGUUCGCACAGGACCCAAAUGCUCCGCGAAACAGCCGGCGGACGUCGAGGACGGCGGCGACAUCGCUGUUCAGUUUGCAGCAGGACCUGCAAAAAUUUGGCGAGCCAAUAUGGGAGUGGCCAACCAUCCGUGAAUCUGGGCCCAUGCACCGGAGCGCCUCCAUGCAGAUCUUCGUCGAGCGCACCGCCCGAAGCUCUCUCAACGUCGUCCCGGCCCAGGCGCUGAUGGAGCUCUUUUUCGCGCAGGAGUGGGAUCUGCACAAGCGCAUCUUCGGGGCGGGUCGUCUUCUCAAGCAGUUUAAGGCCAUGAAGGAGAUUCUACUUGCUGGUGACACGAACCGCUUGGUGGCCGAGUUGACCUUCGUAAGAAUCAAUGAUCUCGCAGCACCUCCUGAGCCGAUCCACCCACUGGUCUACAUCGAGCCCCUGGUGGCGCUGCUGAUCGUCGGAAAUGGAAUCAUGAUUGGAUUCCAAACACAUCCGGACCAUCAAGGUUGGGAAUAUUGGACCCAUGUGGAGAUUACAUUUGUGAGCAUUCUCGUGCUGGAGAUCGCUCUGCGAAUGCACUUCCUCCGUUGUCAUGGGUUCUGGUGCGGCACAGACUGGUUUUGGAACUAUUUCGACAUUGUACUCGCUAUGACUGGGGUGGUGGAUAUCUUGGUGCAGCUGGUGCACGACGAAGACUUCGACAUUUUCGGCACGUCUCUGCUAAGGUUCUGCCGCUUAAUCCGGCUGGUACGCAUCGUGAAGGUCUUCCGCCUGAAGUUUAUGCGGGAUCUGCGUCUCAUGGUGAAGGGCCUCGUUGCAGGUGUCCGCACGCUUACGCUUGCCUUCACCUUGCUAUUCUGUGUCCUUUAUGUCAUUGGUGGAUUUGCUACGAUGACAAUCGGGAGCGACUCGAGAACACAGGAUGAAGACUUGAUGAAGUACUUCGAUAAUCUGCCGCAGUGCAUGUUCACCGCCUUCCGGUGCUUCACUGGCGACUGUGUGAACGACAGAGGAGAGCCCAUUACUCACCUCCUGGCUCGGUUGUUUGGAUACAAAUUCAUCCUACCCUAUGUGAUCAGCUACAUGCUCGUUGCAAUGGGCAUCUUCAAUGUCAUUCUGGCUGUCUAUGUCGACAUCACGAUGAAGGCGGCCAAGGAAAACGAAGCAGUGACUGCGGAGCAAUAUGCACGGGAGUCCAUCCGAGUGGCGCGAACCACACGCGAGCUCCUCAAGCGUUUUGCAUCUGCUUACCGCCUCUUCCACGACAUGGAGGACGACAGCGCGGAAGUGUCCCAUCUGGAGAUUAGCCCGGGCAAGACGGUUUUCACGGAUGAAGAUGUGCACGAAGGUAUUGCGAUCACCAAAGAUCUCUUUCUUCUCGUGAUCCAAGACCGCGGGGUGCAGCAGUUAAUGGAUGAGCUGGACCUUCCGCCGGAUCGUGCGAACCUCUUCGAGAUUAUCGAUGCUGAUGGCAGUGGAACAUUAAGAAUUUCCGAGCUGGUGCAGGGUCUCCUCAAGAUCCGCGGAGAAAUAAGCAAGAGCGAUGCUAUUGCCGGUCUAUUAGCCACGAAAGCUGUGUACUCCAUGUUGGAGGAGAUUCGUGAGGAGACUGGGAAGAGUUUGGAGGAUUUGAAAGACCUGACUCUGCGCAGUGUCAGCUUUCUACAUGCAGAACUGCCUCGACAUUCCAGAGCGGUCUCCGCAGACGCAUCUCACCGUCGUGAGCUUCGAGAGCUGGAUCCGGACAUAGACUCGGAGCCAUGUUUUCAGCACGAUUCGGGCAAGCCAGACCUGCUUCUCCCGAAGGAUUCUGUUUUUCAGGAAGCAGCUGAUGUUCAGCUGCGAUCUUGCUGA